CCGCUUGCCGGUCGUCAGUCGUGAAUUUUUCGUGGAGCGAUUAACACACAGUGAUCACAGAUCGCCAAAGGCUAACAGGCCCAGAAUCCGACCGCAUCCGCAUCCUCGGCGAACAUUAAAUAAACACAUCGCUGGCCCAAUGCAGGCUCCCAAAAUAAAUCAUUAAGAUCAAGAACAGGCAACUACGUGUGUGUUUCCCCACUUUUUUCCGCUUGUUUUGCCCAGUUUUUGACCGACUUCUGGGACCAGAAUAACACCAGCAGGACGGACAUGGAUGCCGAGGCGCCAAAAAAUCAGACUGUAGCAGUUCCAAAACAGGAAUCUGUGCAGGAAGGAGCGGCAGGCGACACAGCAGGUGGAGCAGCCAAGGUGGCCGGGAAAGUGGCUCACGAUGCGGACUACCAUCCUCCUACAAGCUACCUCGAGACGAUCGUGCACCUGUUCAAGGGCAACAUUGGACCCGGUCUGUUCGCCAUGGGGGACGCCUUCAAGAACGGAGGUCUACUGGUGGCCCCACUCCUGACCAUAGUGAUAGCGGUGGUGUCCAUCCACUGCCAACAUGUCCUGGUGACCUGCUCCAAGAAGAUGCGGGACCUCAAGGGAGAGUCUGUGUGUGCGGACUACGCGCAGACGGUGGAGCAGUGCUUCGAGAAUGGUCCACCAAAGUUGAGGGGCUGGUCCCGAACGAUGGGUCGUCUGGUGGACAUAUUCAUCUGUGUGACCCAGCUGGGCUUCUGUUGCAUCUACUUUGUGUUCAUCAGCACGAACCUGAAGCAGAUCCUGCAAGCCUACGACAUUGACAUGAACGUCCACCUGGUGAUGCUGCUGGCCUUUGUGCCCGUGCUCCUGAGUUCCCUGAUCACGAACCUGAAGUGGCUCACCCCCGUCUCGAUGUUCGCCAACAUCUGCAUGAUCCUGGGACUGGCCAUCACCCUGUACUAUGCCCUCAAGGACGGACUGCCGGAGGUGGAGGAACGCGCCCUCUGGACGAACGGCUCCCAGCUGGCCCUCUUCUUCGGCACCGCCAUCUUUGCCUUCGAGGGCAUUGCCCUGGUGAUGCCGCUGAAGAACGCCAUGCGAAAGCCACACCAGUUCGAGCGACCCCUGGGAGUGCUCAAUGUGGGCAUGUUCCUCGUCUCCGUCAUGUUCAUGUUCGCCGGCUCCGUGGGCUAUAUGAAGUGGGGUGAGCAGGUCGGAGGCAGUUUGACGCUCAAUCUGGGUGAUACCAUCCUGGCCCAGUGCGUCAAGCUGAUGGUCUCCGCUGGAGUUCUUCUCGGCUAUCCGCUGCAGUUCUUCGUGGCCAUCCAGAUCAUGUGGCCCAGUGCCAAGCAAAUGUGCGGCAUUGAAGGACGAUCGCUGAUCGGCGAGCUGGGCUUCCGCACCUUUAUGGUCCUGGUGACUCUUGCCAUCGCGGAAAUGGUUCCGGCCCUGGGACUUUUUAUCUCGCUCAUUGGAGCACUAUGCUCCACGGCCUUGGCCUUGGUCUUUCCACCCGUCAUCGAGCUGAUCGCCAGGAGUGAGCUCAACAAAGGACCGGGCCUCUGGAUUUGCGUGAAGAACCUCGUCAUCCUGGUGAUGGCGUUGCUGGGCUUCUUCACCGGUUCCUACGAGAGUCUCAAGCAAAUUGUUAAGCACUUCGGGGAGGAGGAAGUGCACUGAGGAGUAACUUUCCUUCAGGAGAUAUUCUCUAAUAUAAUAAUAAUAAGUACCCGUGAGAGGAGUAGAGCUUAACCUCGCUGAAGAAAACUAUUGUAAUGUCAAAUAUCAGAGGACCUUUCAAAAUAAGUUUCGAACUACCCAGAAGGCUUCACAACAAAUAAAGGGACAAAGGGAUCAUCAAAGAUAAUUCGCCCGUCCUGACAAGAAAUCAACAGAAUAUAUUUAAUAUGACCAUCCCAAAUUUGGCAACUAUUAUUUAUGAACGCCAGAUAUCAAAAUGUUAAUUGGAAAAGAUGAGGAGACAGUUAAGUGCCUAAAUCGAACAAUACAGGAAUAAGAAGCUGAAGAUCAGCAGUAUCAAAAAUCGAUAGGCGAUCAAACCUCAAUAUCAAAGCUUUAGUUAACGAUAAUAAAAAAUUUAACCGCAAGCCAUAACAAAUAAUGUAAGCAGAAUCACCAAAAAACAAUGCAACAUUGAGAGAUUACUUCACUUUCUUAGAAGUAUUUUCAACAUAUCACAAUUAAAAAACAUUAUGGAUAAAUGUAAUAUGUAACUACUUUAAAUCCUUAAUCCAUACAUCAAAACAUAACAUGUUUGCGAAUUUAUUAUCAAAAAAUAGCCAUAUACAUAAAUAUAUAGAUCUAAGUGCCUUUUUUUGUGUCUUAGUAAGCGUGCAGCGCAUUUUACUUAUUAUAAUUGAUUUUUUUUAUAGAUAUUAAGUGAGAAUAAACGAUGCGACGUUCGUUUUGACGUCAUCGCAAAAUGA